AUGGCAAACAAAUAUUUAAAAGAAGAAAGUGAAUUAUUUGAAUUAGAACCAAAAAGUGUUUUAAAUCCUUUAAUUGCUCUUAGAGUAAUCAAAAAAUUAACAAAAACUUGGAAAGAAAUUAAAAAAGAAAUUCAAUCAGAUUUGGCUGAAAAUUAUUUAAAAAAUACUUCAAAUCAAAGAGAAACUCGUUUUCCUAAUGAGGCUGAUUUAAAUGGAGCAAUUCAAGGAUUAUUACGUUUACAGGAUACUUACAAAUUAAAAACUAAAGAUUUGGCUAAUGGAAUUGAUUAUCAUCACUCAAUAUUAUGGAUGGAAGAAGCAAAUGAACGUUAUUAUUUACUCGAAAAAGAAUUUACAGAAAUCAACAAAUCUGAUAUUUUAAAUAUUUUGUCAAUUUCCUUAUAUAAACAAGGAAAUUUAAAGAGAGCUUUAAUUAUUAAUGAUAAAUUAAUUGAAUUAGAUCCUUUAUAUCCAAAUGCCACAAAUAAUUCAAAAUUAUAUGAACAAGAAUUAUUAGCUAAUGGAGUUGUUGAAGAAGAUUUUCGUUUAAAUAUACCUCCAUUAAAUAAUUAUAGAUCAUUAAAUGAUUCCUACAUAGAUUCUGUUGAUUAUCAAGUUUUUGAAGAACUUUGUCGUGGCGAGAAGGAAAUUAAUAUAACACAAAUAUCUCAACUUUAUUGUUAUUACAAAAUGGACCGCCCAUUCCUUCGUUUAGCCCCAAUUAAAGUCGAAAUUAUUCGAUUCGAGCCUUUGGCUGUUAUAUUUCGCAAUAUUAUUGCUGAUGAGGAAAUUGAAAUUCUAAAACGUUUAUCAAUGCCAAGAAUGUCUAGAUCUAAAGUUCAACACCUCAAGACUGGGGAACCUAUCAUUGCUCCUUACAGGAUAAGCAAAAUUGCUUGGCUUUAUCCUGGGGAAAAUAAAGUUGUUUUACAAUUAUUUAAGCGUAUGGUGUUUAUGACAAACUUAAAUAUGUUAUCGGCUGAGCCUGUUCAGGUUGGAAACUAUGGAAUUGGUGGACAUUUUAGACCACAUUUUGAUUUUGCUAGGGAUAAUUCAACAAAUACAAAAGAAUCACAAAAAGGAUAUCAUUUUUUGAAUUUAGGCACUAGAAUUGCAACAGCUUUAUUUUAUUUAAGUACCCCAGAAAAGGGGGGAUAUACAGUUUUUAGUAAUGUUAAAACAUUUGUUAAACCAACUAAAAAUGAUGCUCUUUUUUGGUAUAAUUUGUGGAGAAGUGGAAAUGGGGAUUUUAGAACACGACAUGCAGCUUGCCCUGUUUUGCUAGGCGAUAAAUGGGUUUCUAAUUCAUGGAUACAUGAAGGAGGACAAGAAUUUUUUCGUCCCUGUGGUUUAGAUCCAUCAAUACAAGAACGUUAUGUUGGUGAUUUGGGAGGUCCUGAACCUAAAAAAUAUCCAAAUAUAUCACCAUAUUGUAAAGAAGGAGUAUAUUGUGAAUGA